AUGAAAGACCACGGGAUGCUGGUCCUGCUGCUGCAUGGUCAAAUGUUUAUCCCCAGUCCAAACAGCUGUGUCUGGGAGGAGGUGGCAGAGACCCAUGGGGUUCUGGUACUUUUUCUUAGAGCGGUGGUCUUCAGCCUGCCCAGCGUCUGGGCGGAGGAGGCCUGCACGCGCACCUGCCCCGCCGCCUGCGCCUGCAGCAGCACGGAGCGCGGCUGUUCCGUGCGCUGUGACCGCGCCGGCCUCCUGCGGGUGCCGGCCGAGUUCCCGUGCGAGGCGGCUUCCAUCGACCUGGACCGGAACGGCCUGCGCUUCCUGGGCGAGCGGGCCUUUGGCACGCUGCCGUCGCUGCGCCGCCUGUCUCUGCGCCACAACAACCUGUCCUUCAUCACGCCCGGCGCCUUCAAGGGCCUCCCGCGGUUGGCCGAGCUGCGCCUGGCGCACAACGGCGAGCUGCGCUACCUGCACGCGCGCACCUUCGCCGCCCUCGGCCGCCUCCGCCGGCUCGACCUGGCCUCCUGCCGCCUCUUCACGGUGCCCGAGCGCCUCCUGGCCGAGCUGCCCGCCCUGCGCGAGCUCGCCGCCUUCGACAACCUCUUCCGCCGCGUGCCCGGCGCGCUGCGCGGCCUGGCCAACCUGACGCAUGCGCACCUAGAGCGCAGCCGCAUCGAGGCGGUGGCCUCCAGCUCGCUGCAGGGCAUGAGGCGCCUGCGCACGCUCAGCCUGCAGGCCAACCGCGUCCGUGCGGUGCACGCAGGCGCCUUUCGCGACUGCGGCGCCUUGGAGCACCUGCUGCUCAACGACAACCGGCUGGGAGAGCUGCCCGCGGAAGCCUUCGUAGGCCUGCGCCGCCUGCGUACGCUCAACCUGGGUGGCAACGCGCUGGGCCUCGUGGCGCGCGCCUGGUUCGCGGACCUGGCGGAGCUUGAGCUGCUCUACCUGGACCGCAACAGCAUCGCCUUUGUGGAGGAGGGCGCCUUCCAGAACCUCUCGGGCCUCCUCGCUCUGCACCUCAAUGGCAAUCACCUCACUGUGCUGGCCUGGGCCGCCUUCCAGCCUGGCUUCUUCCUGGGCCGCCUCUUUCUCUUCCGCAACCCAUGGCGCUGUGACUGCCACCUGGAGUGGCUGCGGGACUGGAUGGAGAGCUCUGGGCGCGUGUCUGACGUGCCGUGCGCCGCCCCGGGCUCUGUGGCUGGCCUAGACCUCAGCCAGGUGGCCUUUGGGCACUCUUCCGAUGGCCUCUGUGUGGACCCCGAGGAGCUGAACCUCACCGCAUCCAGUUCAGGCCCGUCCUCAGAGCCAGAGGCCACCACCGUGAGUAGGUUCAGCAGCCUCCUCUCCAAGCUGCUGGCCCCGAGGGCCCCAGUGGAGGAGGUGACCAACACCACCGAGGGGCCGCUCAACAUCUCCCUGUCCGACAGCCUCCCCUCCACCGGGGUGGUCGUCUGCGCCCACAACGCCCGGGUUCUCCUCGGCUCCGGUCUCCUGCUCAGUGUGGCCCAGCACGCAGUGUUUGUCCUACACGGGAACUGA